AUGACGCAAAAGACGCGACUCGCCAUCCGCGCCGCCACUACCGCCGACGCGGCCGCCGUCCUCGGCCUCAUCCGGUCCGCCUACCGGGGCGAGUCGAGCCGGGCGGGCUGGACGACGGAAGCCGACCUCGUGGCCGACGACCGCAUCGACGAAGCCGGCCUGCUGUCCAAGAUAGAGCAUCCCCAAGGCGUCAUCUUCGUCGCCCACGACGACGGCGGCCGGCUCGCGGGCUGCUGCGAGCUCGUGCGGCUGGAGAAGGGUGACAGCGCCUACUUUGGCCUCUUCGCCGUCGAUCCCACGCGUCAGGCCGGCGGCAUCGGUCGCAGCAUCCUCGCGCACGCCGAAGGCGAGGCCAAGGCCGUCUGGGGCGUCGGCAGGAUCGAGCUGCGCGUCAUCUGGACGCGCUCGGAGCUCAUCGACUGGUACGUGCGGCGGGGGUACCUCGACACGGGCCGCACGGAGCCCUUUCCGUACGAAGAUCUGGUGAACGGCAAGGCGCUGCGGAACGAUUUGCACUUUGCCAUUCUUGAAAAGGUGCUGUGA